GCUUCAUCCAGUUCAAUAUCCCUUUUCUGUCGAGUAGUCUUGUGCCAUAAAAUUGGGGACGAUCUGGGAUAUAAAAGAGCAGACCUGCGCCGAUCCUGCUGUUGAACAUCGGUAUUCUAGUCUCAAUCCAGCACCACCAUAUCCAGACCUCAACCAUCGCUCCACAUCGACCCCCCUGACCCGAUCACAAUGCUCAAAGGCAGCCUCCUCUACCUCCUUGGCGCAUCUCUAGCAAGCGCUUCGCCGGUGCUUGACAAAAGAGACAUCUGCAGCCACACCCCGGCCAACGGCCUCAUCGGCACUGCGGUCGCGAGCGUAGCUUGCGCCCAAUUGACCAUCACCAAUGAAGGAUGCUCCGUGACGGUCAAGUUUCCGGCCGACAUUUACGGGGACUCCUUCACUUUCGACAGCGGAUCCAAAACCUUCAUGGCUUUGCGCAAGAGCAAGCUCACUUUCACCGCGACGCCGAAGCCCGGCAACAACGCCGCGGUCUGGUCGGGCACGGGCGGAACCAGCAACCCCACCACCUACUCGGUUCCACUGGCCGGUCAGCCCGCCAGCAUCUCCGUCAAGUGCGCCGCCCCCCUGAAGUGCACCGCCGUCGGCCAACCUUGCAUCUUCGAAUACCCUGAAAACUGCUGCUCCCAGACGUGCGCCUGUAUUUCGGGAGUGUGCAAUUGUUUCGACCUGUGAAUCCCCGAUUUUUGGACUUUGAUAAUAAGCAUUCUCCAUUGUUUGAAUCAACUCUACACCUAUGUUUCAAAAGAAAAUCAUGCCCCUUGGAGCGGAGGCGAUUAAGACAUAGAUAUGACGCGCCGGAAAUCUUGCGAGUUCGAGAACAUCCGUUUGCGGGAGCAUGAUUCAUCAUUAUCCACCGAUUAAAAUCGCUCGCGCCUGCGCCCGGUGGAUCGAGGAUGCAACCAUACAUGUCUCUGGAGGAGAACGGCUCGCUCUCUACCCCGCGUUAUUUCUCGGAAUUGCUAAUGUGGUACUUGCUUGAAUUGUGGUAGGAGUAGAAGUCCAGCAUAAGGUAAUGAUCUGGGUGCUACCUUAGCCCCUUGUUUAAUCGAGAUAAUUCUCCUGUCUUGUAUGCGCU